AGAGUAUCAUAACAGCUGCAGCAGCGAACAGACACAGUCCCCGAGAGGAGGAACAACAGCUGAUCUGUUGUUAGGACGCUUGUGACGCAUAGUUGGUUUCGGGUUGAGCACGGGAUCCUCCUGAUCGUCGUAGAUAGAACUCGUCAAGAUGAGUUAUUCUGAGAACGAUCCUUUUUCGCAACAAAGCGUUUUCGUCAACUUCAACCAGGACUUCACAUCUUUGGCGGUCGGCACAAAAACUGGUUAUCGCUUCUUCGCCCUCAACAAUGUCGAUCGACUCGAGCAGAUUCAUCACAGUGGGGAGCAGGAGGAUAUCGCCCUAAUCGAGCGGCUCUUCAAUUCGAGUUUGGUGGCAUUCGUCAGCCUACCGAGCUCCCGGAAGUUGAAAGUUUGUCACUUCAAACGGGGGAAGGAAAUCACAAACUUUUCCUACUCGAACGCGAUUCUCGCCGUCAAGUUGAAUCGAUCUCGGGUAGUGGUGUGCCUCGAAGAAUCGCUGUACAUCCACAAUAUCCAGGACAUGAGAGUACUUCACACGAUCCGAGAUACUCCAGCGAAUCCGAAGGGUGUUUGCGCUCUGUCGACAGCCUCGGACAGAGGUGUGACCUAUCUCGCCUAUCCAGGGAGUACCUCCAUGGGUGAAAUUCAGAUAUUCGAUACAGAAAAUCUCUGCGCCAAAAUAAUGAUUCCAGCUCACAACUCCCCGCUUGCCGCUCUGGCAUUCAACACAAACGGCUCGCUUCUCGCAUCAGCAUCAGAGAAAGGAACCGUCAUCAGAGUUUUCUCAGUGACCGAUGGAACUCGGAUAUAUGAAUUGAGACGAGGCUUGAAACGUUGCGCCACCAUAUAUUCCCUGGCAUUCAACGCCGAAUCUACACUCCUAGCUUGUGCCAGCAAUACAGAGACCGUCCAUAUCUUCAAACUGGAUGAGAACAGCGCAUCGAGCACCGCAAGUGCGCAACCCACCGUGGGCAGUUUCCAAGAGGAUGCCGGCUGGAUGAACAUGUUCGGGAAAGCGUUGAUGUCCGGCUCGAGCUAUCUGCCUUUCGCGGUUUCGGAUGUUUUCGCGCAAGGUCGUUCAUUCGCCACUGCGAAACUGACGUUCUCCGGGAUUCCAUCCGUUGUCGCUCUGAGUACCAUCGACCGCCAGUGUCGCCUGCUCGUUGCCUCUACAAACGGAUUCCUCUACGUGUAUAACGUGAACGUCGAGCAGGGGGGCGAUUGUUCUUUUUGGCGACAACAUAACCUCCUGGAAGGCGUUUCUGGCAGCGAGACAACAGUGGGCGCCCCGACAACACCGAGUUCAGGAGGAGAUCAAAUCCAAGACGCAUCCAAAGCUUCUCCUAAUUCGCCGAGUUCAGCGAAUAGCCUGCGACUCCAAGACGACGCUGAAUUCCCGCCCAUGAGCCACGGGGUUGAAUAAUUAGUUGGUCACGAUCGAAGAGGAGAUCAUUGGGAUGGUUUGAAUUGUAUUCGAUUCGAAUGAUUUCCUGCAUGUGAGCAAGACGCACUCUUCCGUUCCCUGUGCGUCUCUUCGUAUUCCACAUAGCGUUCUGUGAACGAACAGUAGACUCGCGGCUGAUUCUCGAGACUCAUCGAAUGAGACGAUUCAAGAGAAGGAUCACAGUACAGGGAGGAGACAGCGGAGACUGCAAAGCGCAACAAAACGAGUGAGCUCCCGCCAGUGGGGGGCCACAACAAAAAAAGGGGCUGAAAACAUUCACAUGUACCGAGUGAUUUGAGGGGAUGAUGCAUGGAGGGUGUCCCUGCCACGCGUCAGCCGUCUCCGGCGGUAGAGACGUGCGUCGCCCUCCAUUAGGUCGUCAUUAAUAAUUUUCCGAACUCUGUGAGCUCGCUGGAUUACGGCUUUCCC